AUGAUGAAUGUCGACAUUGACCGGUUGUCAACUACAACUAUCGUUGAACCAACGGGGAACACAACUACAACUACUUCGGAGCCGACAACAACAAAGACAACUACUACUACAAAUUCAAACCUAACUGCUUCUACAACGUCUGAAUCAACGACAACGUUUACGGCUGAUCCCACUACUAUUUCUACAGUUUUGGAACUGACUACUGCUUCUAAAACGUUAGAAUCAACAACUACUACAACUAUUAAACCGAAAACUACCUCAGUUUCAGAAUCAGUUGUCACUACCACAUCAGCCAAACCAACCACAACUUCAACAGUUGCGUCUACAACUGCGACUACAGAAGUUCCAACCACAACUUCAUCAGCUGCUAAUACAACUACGACUACAGAAGUUCCAACCACAACUUCAUCAGCUGCUAGUACAACUACGACUACAGAAGUUCCAACCACAACUUCAUCAGCUAUUGGUACAACUAAGACUAAAGAAGUUUCAACCACAACUUCAUCAGCUGCUAGUACAACUGCGACUACAGAAGUUCCAACCACAACUUCAUCAGCUGCUAAUACAACUACGACUACAGAAGUUCCAACUACAAAAACUUCAUCAGCUGCUAGUACAACUACGACUACAGAAGUUCCAACCACAACUUCAUCAGCUACUGGUACAACUAAGACUAAAGAAGUUCCAACCACAACUUCAUCAGCUGCUAGUACAACUACGACUACAGAAGUUCCAACCACAAACUUCAUCAACUACUAG